CCAAACAGUGAGAGAAGGCAGUGAAUCAUGUCAAAGCAGACGAAGCUGUGGGCUGAGCAGGAUUAGUGUCUUUAUUUUGCGCUAUUCAGUGCCAACAUAUGUAACGCCAGGAUUUGAAUCUUGUGUCCCACUGUAUUCUUAUUUUUGUAGCAAAGCCUAUGUAGGAGAAUAGAAGGAGUAGGAGGUGGCCAUGGAGGUGGAUAACACAGAGGACAUUGAAUCUCUGAUGGAGGACAUGGACUACAUCCCUGGUCACUUCCACCUGGACUUAAACCUCAACUGUGAUCCUUCUGGACCUGUGAAACUGAGGCACAGAGACACUUACCUGAAACAGGAGAGCCUCAGGGGGGAGCUGGAGGCUGAAGCUGGAUACUUACAGUAUGCGGUUCGCAAUCUUCUCGGCCUGCUGGCGUUUCACCUCAACCAUCUUCAAACUGCCGAGGAAACAUUCAGGGGCAUUUGUAAAGAAGACCCGGGGAACCUCAAUGCUUGGGCCAAUCUGGGCUAUGUGUACGACAAGCUGGGAAGAGAGUUGGAUGCUGCGGAAUGUGUAGAGAAAGUGUCCCAGCUCAUGGACUUGGAAAAUGGAGACAACCCCAAGGAUGACACCAGGCAUAUGGCGGCCCGCUGCCUGGCCGAACAGGCCUACGUUUACCCCUAUGAUGUGGAGCUGGAGAGAGACGAGGACUUGAGGGAGAGACUUACUGCAGCCCUGAUGCUGUAUAAGAGAGCACUGAACUAUGGUGGUCAACUGAUACCAGUAGAGGAAAAAAGAAGCUGGUACUUUAAGAUGGCAACCAUUUAUAUAAGACUCGACGACAUAAUCAAGACUAAAGAGGACGCGGAAUACUCCAGACUUUCUCACUAUAAUAAGGGACUGAGACUUCUCAGACAAACACUUGAAUCUGAGAAAACACAGCAAAAAGCUCUCUCCUGGUGUUACAUUGGCAUCAUGCUGGAGAGACAGGAUGAGUUCAUCGCAGUGCCCAUGUCUGUACAUGACUGUGGCUACUCGGCCACUGAUCCUCUAUCCUGCUACGGAACUGCCAUAAAGUUGGCUAAUGAUGACGCAUUCAUCCUUAACCUCCUGGCCAAGCUGUUUUUUCUGCUGGGCAAACAUGAAAUGGCCACGGGGAUCUGCAACAUGGCCCUCAAUGUGCUUCCAGAUCCGGAGCUCAACUGGCAGGCAUACUGUACCCUCGCCAAGAUCAACACAAUGCUUUACAUCAGGGAUCUGGAAAAGGCCAAAAGUGGGGAAGGCGCAAUCCCAGACAGGCAAAUGCUAACCGAGGCCCGGAAAAACCUGGAUAAAAUCUUGGCUGUGUGUCCAUGUUUGAGGACACACCUGGAAAUGGCACAGGUGUACUACUACAUGGGUGUGGAUGCGCUGCAGGAGAGCCUUUUGGUGGAUGAAGGAGCAAUAAACGAUGCCUUGGUGAGCCUGUCGCAAACCCUGCAGUAUGAACUGGGUGACAGCUUGCCUGACGUCCACUUGCUAAGAGGACGCUGCCUCCUGCUGAAAGGCGAAGAACAAAACGCUGCAGACUGCUUUAAACAUGCUCUGGACUUGGAGAGACCGACAGGCACUGAUACCGCAGCCCUGCGCUGCCUCCUACAGGCCUUACUGGCUCUGUUCAUGCAGGGGGGCCCUGACCCCAAUCACAUCAUCACCCAGAUGGAGCAGUGUGUGCAAAAGGCGGAGGAGAAGUACCCCGAGCAUGUGGUUAAGGCUGAGCUGAGGUGCCUUUACAGAACAAACACAGCGGAGGUCACAGAGUUGUCUCGGGUGCUCAUCAGGACGGGCCGACUUGAGCUGGUCAGGAGGCUUCUGGAGACUGUGGCACCGAAACAAAUAGUGAAGAAGAGACCAUUUACAAGAUCUCUCUCCUUUGCCUGAUGCAAAAAAUGCUCUCUAGUACUUUUAAACUAGACACUCUACGAUACUAUACUGUGAACUCUCUAUAAAUUUUAAAGCAGUCACGAGGAUGCUGCAUUUGGAUUCAGUGAAUUGUGUUUAACAAGCUUUCAUAAGAUAGUCGGGGGCAGGUUUAGGCAGUUUGGGGCCAAAGAAGAAGUUCUACCGGUCACUGAUCGUGCAGUGUUUGCUGGUCGGACUUCCAUGCAGGCAGCGCGGGUUCAGUUCCCGUUCAGCGAGUGUGAAUGGUUGUUUUUCUCUACCCUGUGAUUGACUGGCGACCAGUCCAGAGUGCAGUCUUUAGCUGGGACAGGCUCCAGCUCCUCAUAACGCUGAACAGACUUUACAUCAUAAUAAUAAUAUUCUCCAUUGUGUAUCUUAAGAUACUGUAUGUGCCUGAUUAAAAUAAGGUGAAACUGUUUGGUUGGGGUGCGGGGGUUGUUUUCUGAAUGUUCUAACUCGUUUUAAUUAUCUGUGUUGCACAAGUGUCCUUCAACCAUCAUUCAUAUCAUAAAACAUGAAUAAUGACAAUAAUAAUGCUUACAAAUAAAAGUACAAGUCAUAAUGCGCCUUUCAAUGAAGACAGUGGGAAAUGCAGUUCAACUUGAAAACCUCUCACAAGUGAAUGCUAUGUUAUCGCCACGGCGUUGUUCCCUGUCUGUGUUUUUAAUGCACUGUUACAACCUGGUUUUAAGGUGGGUCCAAUUUUCAAAUAAAGAAUAAUCCAUGGGAAAAAAAAUCUAAAUUAAAUUUGCUGUGUAUACGCAGGGUGAGGAGCUGAAACAAGUUCAAUCCUGAUUGUAUCCCAAUUUGGCAGCAAUGUACUGUAACACUUACAGGAUAUAUGUCAUUGACAUACUGUAGAUUACGUAUGUAAUUUACUUUUCUGCCAUUUUUUUCAACAGUUUUAAUCAUUACAUUUACAAUGGUGGCAUACUAUACAGUAUCUACAGCUUACAUUUCAGGUACCAAAUAAGGUUCAUUGGUUUCAAGGGUAGAAAAUAUUAUGAUAUAUAUGCUGUAUAGCAAUUUAUUAUCUACUAAUACAUAAUAUAUAACAAUUGAUCAUAUAACAAUUUAUUAUUAAGUGCAGCUAUUGGUAGCGUAGUGGUUCACAUAGCUGACCUUUGUGCAGCUGGCGUGGG